AUGCUCCAGAACAUAUACGCUCUUGUGCCAGCAACAGAUCAUUCCGCCAAAGGCCUUGAAAUCACAUCAUCGGAGAAAGACGAACUGAACGGGACGAUGAGGAAUAGUGGCUCCUUUCAUUUGGCGAAAAACGGUGGACCUGCGAGUGGCAGUUUGCGCCAGCAUCUGUGUAAUAUGGCGCGCUCGCAAGUGAACUGCAGUUGUGAGGCAAGUGCG